ACGGCUUCAAUACUUUCGCAAGGGACUGUGCCACUUGAGGGUGAAAAUGAAGGAACACGGUGUGAAACUCUGAGAUGGACUGUGAUGGAACAAUGUUGAGCAGCGACUUGCCACAAGACGAAAUCAUCGACGGCUUUGAGGGUCCCUACUUCUAUCACGUCUUCAGUGAGCACAGUGCGACGAGUUACCAGCUCAGGUUCUCAGUCGGUGCAAGUCUGUUCCAGUCAAGAUGUGACUUCUCGCUUUCUUAUCUGAGUCUGGAUUGCAUAGAAGAAUACCUUCGUCUUCGCGACUCACGAGCUAGUCCUUUCAUAACGGUCUUUAGCGACUUCGCUGCGGCGUUGUGUGAAGCGUACGACCUCUAUGUCCGAGGUCAUGAAGCUAUCCAGAUAGUUCAAAUCCAGGCUUCAGGCCUGGUGGCCGUCCUCGUAAGUUCAGCGGGCAACCACAGUGCCAUGAUACCCAUAUGGCAAGGUACAAAAGGUCGCGAAGACCGGUGGCUGUGCAUGGCUGAUGUUGGACCACUCCUCGGUCUCGACCUUAUAUACAUCCGCUCUUCAGAAUGGCUGGCUUGUGGUUCAAUAUCCAAAGAUCGAUUCUCAGCAGCCUGGCCGAUCAUUGAUGGGCGAUUGCACUUCAACGAGGGAAGGAGCGAAGACCUGGUCGACUUCUUUGUGCGUGUAUGCGGACAUUUGCCAGAAUGUUACCCGGAGCAUGAUGCAUCCGAGCGAUACGAAUACGACUGGGAAGGCGAAUGCUUUGUUGGGACUGAACGUUGGCAUGAUGCGAGCGCGUCGAUUCAAGAAACGAGUGUGGCUGGCGUCGGACUGGGACUUGGACUUGCUGUUGCACAGUUUGCACGGCCGACGCCAUUCGGGUAUGCUGGCUAUCUGCGUGGAAUGGUUGUGAUGGAUUGAUGUAUCAUGUAUCUUGUAAAAAUAUUGUACGAUUAAAUGGAGUGGCAUCGAAAGAGAUCUGGAAGGCAGCAGUGGUACUAGGCUCAGAUAGGGCAAGCGGGCUACGCCGUUUCGUCGUGAUGCAUGUCAGCAGCCCUCUUCUCUACAACAACAUUUUCGAGGUUCGGUA